AUGUCUACCAUGCAGCAGCUGAAGAACUUCAUCCGUCAUGGCAAGCAAGCGCGUGUAGCAAACGACGAACCGCCCCGAAAGAACGAUUAUUCACCUCCACAAUCACAACCUGUCAACCCAGCACCUGUUAAGGAUAUGGUGCCUCAGACCGAACCCGCUCUAGGCGGCGCGCCUGGCGGCCACCACCCUGCAGCUGUCCCCGAUGCGUACUCUGUCGCUCCGGGCGAGGGCGGCGCGAACCGCGUCGCUCAGGCUGGCCAUGCUGCCGCUCACCACGCCGAGGAGAACCAGGCCAUCCAUCACGGACAAGGCGCCUCACCGAAGACGAAGAAGCGGAUGGACGACGCCGCGAAGCUCGUUCAAGAAGAAAACGAGAGCCGAAGCAAAUUCCCCAGGUAUCCAGGACUCGAGAGAUGGGAGCUAGUGGAAAAGAUGGGAGACGGUGCUUUCAGCAACGUCUAUCGCGCAAGAGACCGGGAGGGGACUGCCGGAGAGGUCGCCAUCAAGGUCGUCCGGAAAUUCGAAAUGAACAACAUGCAGCGAGCGAAUAUUCUCAAAGAAGUGCAGAUAAUGCGACAACUCGACCACCCCAAUAUCAUCAAACUUGUUGAUUUCUCCGAAUCCCGUCAAUACUACUACAUUAUCCUCGAACUAGCUCCUGGCGGAGAGCUAUUCCACCAAAUAGUUCGAUUAACGUACUUUUCCGAGGACUUGUCACGGCAUGUCAUUGUCCAGGUGGCAAAGGCCUUGGAGUAUCUGCAUGAGGAGCGAGGAGUUGUUCAUCGUGAUAUCAAGCCUGAGAAUAUCCUGUUUAAUCCGAUACCAUUUGUAGCAUCCAAGCACCCACAGCCAAAGCAGCCGGGCGAUGAGGAUAAGGUCGAUGAAGGCGAGUUCAUCAGGGGUGUUGGUGCUGGCGGCAUCGGCCAGAUUAAGAUUGCGGAUUUUGGUCUAUCGAAGAUUGUUUGGGACAACCAGACGAUGACACCCUGCGGAACCGUUGGCUACACCGCGCCCGAGAUCGUCAAGGAUGAGCGAUAUUCCAAGUCCGUAGACAUGUGGGCGUUGGGAUGUGUGCUAUACACCCUACUUUGCGGGUUUCCUCCUUUCUACGAUGAGAGCAUAGAAGUUUUGACGGAGAAGGUCGCCAAGGGACAGUACACCUUCCUAUCACCAUGGUGGGAUGACAUCUCCAAGUCGGCCCAGGAUCUGAUUUCGCACUUGUUGAAUGUCGAUCCGGAUCAGCGCUAUACGAUCAAAGAAUUCCUGGCUCACCCUUGGGUUCGUGCAUCGGGCCCGAGCCCUGUCGUCGAAAAGAAGCACGGCAUCACGCCGGACGGCAUGCUUCGAGCAUUCGACGCGUCCAAGCUUGUUGAUGGCGAUAAGAGAUAUGACUUCCGUUCACCCGGCGCCGUUAACCUGCGUGAGGUGUUCGACGUUGGUUAUGCUGUUCACCGUCAAGAGGAAGAAGGCAAGCGAAGAAAACAAGUCGGCGGCAAAGUGGCUGGUAUCCCAUCACGUCUUGGUGGCUUGAAUGAGUCAGACGAAGACGAGGAUAUGCCAGAUGCGAACGACGCGAACCGCGAGUAUGUCCAUAAAAGCGCAGCUGCACAAAAUGCCACUCAAGCCCUGGAACAAAGUAUGCGUAAUACUCAGAUCAAGGAUACCGAGCAAGCUCAGCGUGGCCGCGACAGGGAGAGACAAGGGAACACUGCUGAGCAACGCGGGUAUGGCCAGCAUUCAGCAACGGUCACCGCGGCGGCGAGACAACAGGUCAGGGAUCGCAAUCGUCAGAAGGGUGCCUUCGAGUUGAACCUCGAUGGUGCAACGCUUCUUGGCCGAAGAAAUAAGCAACCUACUGUCGCUUAG